AUGGCUCUUCGUUCUCUCCAUGGUUUCAUAUUCAAGCCAACUGACAAGGAGUUGUUGCAAUAUUUGGAGGCUUUCGUCCUCGGAAAACCUCUCAAGCACACCUCCGAUUUCUUCUCAAUGGAACAUCUUUACGGAGGGAAAGAGCCGUCUGAGAUUUUCGGCUCCGACGGCCCUAUGACUCGCUAUUACUUCACUGAGCUGAAGAGAAAAUGCGAACAUGGCUCAAGAUUCUUGCGCACCGUCGGAGACCGCGGGACGUGGAAGGGCCAGGACGCAGGAACGCCUAUCAGAGUCGGCAAGGAAACCAAAACAGUUAUGGGAUUCAAGAAAAGCUUGCGGUACGAAUCCAAAAAAUCAAAAAGCAAGGGCGGCGCCGAUGAACGUCGUGGGGAGGUUUGGCUCAUGAAGGAGUAUUCGCUGUCCGAUGAUUAUCUCCGAGAAAAAAACGUUGUCCCCAAGGAUGUCGUACUCUGCCGGAUAAAGAGAGUCCUUAGAAACACAUCAAGAAGUCGUGAAUUGUCUACUCAGAAUUUUAAUGAAAAUGAUACUCCGUUGGAGAUUUACAAUUGGCCGGAAAAUGAUAACGUCAUGGUAUCUCUGCCACCUUCGGAAACUUCAAAUUUGGCCAGAGAGGUUUCCAGUGGAGUUGAUGCAUAUAGAGAAGUGAGCGCAAUGGGUAGUGGAGUUGAUGAUCCAUUACUUGAUGAAUUGGAUGAAUUGUUGAGAAAAACACCACCCCAUGGGAAGGGAUUGGUGAAGCAUAUGACACAGACAUUUGUUUUGCUAGCUAGUGCCCUUCAAAUCUAUGGAGGAUAA